AUGGAGCCCCAAAGUCAACACGGCAGCGGUGGUUCGCUAGUGGUCAUUCAGCAGCCCUCCUUGGACAGCCGGCAACGGUUGGACUAUGAAAGAGAGAGCCAGCCAACAGCUAUCUUGUCACUGGACCAGAUCAAGGCGAUCAGGGGCAGCAACGAAUACACCGAAGGUCCGUCUGUGGUGAAAAAAUCUGGUCCACGGACAGCACCCAGGCAAGAGAAGCAUGAAAGGACUCACGAAAUCAUACCAAUUAAUGUGAAUAAUAAUUACGAACACAGACCCAGCCACGUGGGGCAUGUGGCGCACCAGCAUAACGCGAGGGCUCCCGUCUUGAGCAGAUCGACCAGCACGGGGAGCGCGGCCAGCUCGGGGAGCAACAGCAGUGCUUCCUCGGAGCAAGGGCUGCUAGGACGGUCACCUCCAUCCCGGCCGGGCUCGGGCCACAGAUCCGAUCGGACGAUCCGGGCGCAGCCCAAGCAGUCGUCUCCGGUUGUAGAUGAUCUGAAGGGUCCUUUGAAAGAGGACUUGGCGCAGCACAAGUUUAUCUGCGAACGGUGUGGGAAGUGCAAGUGCGGCGAGUGCACGGCCCCGAGGGCCCUCCCUUCUUGCUUGGCCUGCAACCGGCAGUGCUUGUGCUCUGCGGAGAGCAUGGUGGAGUACGGCACCUGCAUGUGUUUGGUCAAAGGGAUCUUCUACCACUGUUCUAACGACGAUGAAGGGGACUCUUACGCGGAUAAUCCCUGCUCUUGUUCCCAGUCACACUGCUGUUCUAGGUACCUGUGCAUGGGAGCGAUGUCCUUGUUUUUGCCUUGCUUGCUCUGCUACCCUCCUGCAAAGGGAUGCCUAAAACUCUGUCGAGGGUGUUACGACCGUGUCAAUCGUCCAGGUUGCCGAUGCAAGAACUCCAACGCGGUCUAUUGCAAACUGGAGAGCUGCCCCUCCCGGGGUCAGGGCAAGCCCUCAUGAUUUUUGGAGGGAGGUUUACUUCCUCCAACUUCUGUUUUUCAGGUUGUAGCUGAUGUUUUUUUUCCUUUCUUUCUUUUUUUCUCACCACCCGCCUCCCCGCCCCCCCCUCCCCAGCUUUUGGGGGGGGGGCUGUUCUUUUUCAUUUCCUUUCUGUCUUCCCAACUUCAAAUACACACCUUCUUCCCUUUGCGUCUUUGCUCUCCUCUUCCUAUUGACUUGGCUGAGUGUGGAGCGUUUUACGUAGUCGUUGCUGCUCUUUGGUAAGUGUGGACCUGGUAUCUGCAUCUGCCGCUCACUUUGGCAGGGUCUUUCGAGUUUGUAACUGAACCACUCCUGAAAGAGAGACAGUGAGGGCUCACUGGGCUCUUGAAGCUUCUUGCUCUGUGAAUAUCUUCCCAAAGAUGUUUUUUGUUCUCAGCAAUUUUAUUUUUUUUCCCUUAACCCCCCCCCCCGGGUACCAAGGAAGAAUAACUUUCAUGAGUGAGCUGGAUUGUGAAAUAACUUUUUUUGUGUGUGUUCUUUCUGGAGAGGGAUGUAAAAUAAAGGCCUUGCCAAAUGAAAGGCCUGACUCUUCUGUAAGCAGCCUCCUUUUUUUUGCCCCCCCCCCCUUUUGUCUUAACUUUUGGAACAUUCUCAGUCCUGAGAAUUGCCCUGCCUCCUUUUUUUACAUUUUCAAUGUAACUUCAGUUUUUGCUACACUCUGUAGAUCUUCACAUUGGAGACAUUAUGGCUGCAACAUACACGUUUGUUUCUUUUGCUGUCAAAUCUUUGAAGGAUGUGGCUCACUCCACCCUCCCACUCCUGUUUUUAUAGUCUAUCAGUAUCAGUUGAUAUUAAAGUUGGUGGUGUUCAUAUAUCCAAACAGCCUUCAGGUAUCAUUGAGUCACCUAAACGUUCUUGAGUCCUUAAGGUUUCUUGUGAUCCUUUGGUUUAGUGAAUUUAGCUUUGCUCUGUACUUUAUAAUUUUAUUCUGUCCCUGUUUUAUUGCCUUAGCCACAAAUUGUGGUCCUUUUUUGUAUAUUUUAUGUAUAAAACACAAAGUUGAAUCCCAACUAUUUUUAAGACAAAAGUCUGUUAAAACUUUUUUUAUUGUAAAGAAUAUUUAUUAUGUGAAUCUCUAUUAUUUUAUGAUAUUUAUUGCAAAAGACUCUGAAAAUGUACUCAUGUCUGAAUAUAACAAAAUAUCAAUACUUAACGAAAUAAGGAUGACACGAAGAAAGUACAUAUGUUAACUAUAAUGCAGAAAAUAUAUUAAUUAAUGAAAA